AUGAGUGCCACAAGUGCCAAGCCGGAACAUGAAGAUUACUCAGCGAUGCUCCAGACGGCGAUCCGCAAUGCCUCUACGCCCAGCUCUUCAUGGCCCAGCUCCUCAAAUCCCGCCAACCCCCCCAGCCCUGCACCUGUGGUCCGCGUUUGGGACCGCACUGGGGAGGUGACGAGGUUCCGUGCCGAUUCUUGGAAGCAGGCGGACACACUCCUGCAGCAGGCCCUGCAAAGCCACGGAUUGCUGGCCGAGGGUGAGAAGUGCGUCUCGAUGCGCGCGAAGACUGCCCUCGAACCCUGCGGCUAUCGGCGGAAGGAAGGGGCCAUACAAUGCUUGGAGGAUGGGGACCAGAGUUUGCCAAAACACGAUGCGGUCCUUGAGCUCGAGUUCGACCUAGAGGCGAUGCUGAACGACGACGUCGUUCACUUUGUCCGUGAUCUGAAGCUGCCGGCCAAGGAUUGGAGCCGAGUGCUCAGCAACCUACGGAGCAACGGCAUCGUCCAGCUGGAUGACUUCGUCAACCAUGAUGUGGCCCAGCUCCUGGAGGGCGUAGAUGGCGUCUUGCCAAACCUCCUCCGCAAGAAGCUGGAAGACGUGGAGAAGAAGGCGAAGGCCAAGCUCGCUGGAGGGGCCGAGGCAGCUGCGGCCAUGGAGAAGGUGAACCAAAGCCGGGAGGACGGCCUCACGCACGAGGAUCGCGCCUCGGUGGAGUUGGCGCACCUGGGCUUAGCGGAAGGCGCAAGGCCAGAGGAUCUCGUGGCCAGGCCCUCUGGAGGCUACUGGCACGGUAAGAGGCUCACCCUCAACGAGCUCAUCGCAGCUCAUGGCCUGUACCGUGGCAUCAUGAUCUCCGGCUCCGCGUUCGCCAACAGCGGGGACCCGAACUUGAAGGCAACUGUUGUGGAGCUGAAGCCCCGGUAUGCCGGUCUGAAUCCAUGGGACUCCCAGCAGAUAGAGACGCGGCCGGACAUCACCAGCUCAGAGUUCAACCUCGAGUCUGAGAGCGCCUCGGACUUGCAGGUCGCCAACGGCAUGGUCGAGAAAUUCGGCGAGAGCAGUUUCCGGUCCUCCGUCGCAGGGUGGUCUGCAGGGCUCAACAUCUUGGGAACAGGCAUCUCGGGUGGUGCGAAUCGGGGCACCAGCGAGUCCAGUCGGAGCGCUGCCGCGGGAUCAACCCGGGCACACAGCCGCACGUCCAGCAAGACCAAGUCACUCUCCAAGUCGAAAUACUACAUGGAGAGCAAGAUCGUCAUCGCUGUCCCUCCAGACUAUCUGAAGACGUCCCAGCUCUUCGAGGACAGCAGCAAGCUGACUUCCUAUGCAGUCUGCAAGAUGCACGGGCGCGUGCACUGCCAUGAGCGCUUCCUUGCAGGACUGCAAGCCCGAGAGGCCUUUAUGCAGCAGGUUGCAGAGGACCCCAAGAGUGCCGUGAAGUCUUCCUUGCAGAACCUCCUCUUCCAGUUCGGCUCCCACGUCUGCCCCAAGGUGACGCUCGGCGGAUGGUGGCGCAUCACCGCCGACCUGGAGAGCACGGGUGCCAUCUCUCGCUCGGAGGCCGAGAAGGCGGCGUCUGAGGCGAUCGAGAACGCCGAGCUGAGCUCGUUCAUCGCGGGCGCGGGCGCAGGAGGCAGCGGCGCCGCGGGGGGAAGUGUCAGCUCCGACCAGUCCACCGAGGCCCGGCGCCAGGGCAGCCGGUCGGGCAGCUCACAGGUGCGCUCGGCCUCGCGGACCAGCAUCCAGCAGACCUGGAAGGGCGGGGUCUCCGGGCUGACGGCCCCGAAGUGGAGGGAGAGCCUCAAGGACGAGUUCAACUCGAACUGGCAAGCCAUCGACCGAGACAUGGCCACCUGCACUGGCAUCUGGAACUUUGUGGGGGAUCCCGACCUGCAGAAGGCUCUUUGCUAUGAGUGGGUUCUGCAGUUCUGGAGGAGCUUUGGCUUCGCCACCGAUGACGUACCUCCCGGCAUCUCAUAUGAGGCCGUGUGCACCAGCACGCCCGAGAUGCAGUCACUGAUCGAGUUUGCACAGGACACCAGCGUGAGGAAAAAGUCUGAAGCGCUCGCAGAGGAGAAGAAGGCAUGUGAAGGCAAGGAGGAAGGAAAUUUCUAUGAUGCAGAGAAGAAGGAGUGCCGGCUCCGACAGUGCCUCUGCACAGUUCAGGCGGAUCUAGUCCUGGGAUCUACCGGUACAGACUGCCUGUAUGAGGGCGCGACGGAUUGUGAGGGCUGCUGCCUGGAGAAGCAGCGAGCUUCUUGCGAGAGCUUCGAUGAGUGUUUCAAGGAGCCUGGUUACGCGAAGAAAAGAAUCUUGGGUGACCUUCAGUGCCAAGCUGCAACGUGUAAGAUUGAGUACGACAAGGACACCUGCUGCCAGCCUGAGAAGUUUGCGCGCACUUUCAAGGUUGAGUUUGACGUGACUGAUUGGGGUAAUUGUGGAAAGAGUGACACGGUGACUCUGUGGCUGAAGGGCUACGACACCAAGAACAGAGAGGUGGAUGGGAAACACGUGGAAAUCGAUGGCAUGGUCACAGGCACCACGGCGAAGGUUACCUAUCAAGCCGGCGACGAGCUAUAUCCACAAGAACUUUGCAUAGUGAAUCACAAUGCGCACGAUGCCCUUUGUCUGGACGAGAUCCGAGUCUACAACAACGACGUCGAGAAGCUCUACCAUAUCGGGAACGCGCCGGACUUUGCUUAUGGUGACUGGCUCUAUGAUGGAGAGUUCUGUUCGUCCGUGGGGUAA